UCGUGGGUGCGGAGCGGGCGCCGCUGCAGGGCUCCCCUGAGGCGCCGGGCGCUGCUCCCUGCCGCUGCCCUUGCUGGCCAUGCCUCCGCUGUGAGCGAUGGGCGCCAGCGGCUCCAAGUCCCGGGCCCUGUGGCCUUUCGGCUCGGGCAGCUCCGAGGGUGCCGGCGGGCAGCAGGCGCUGGCCCGGGCGCGGGGGCUCUGUUCGGCCACUCCCUUCGUCUUCACCCGCCGAGGUUCUAUGUAUUAUGAUGAAGAUGGUGACCUUGCUCAUGAGUUUUAUGAAGAGACAAUAGUUACCAAGAAUGGGAGAAAGCGUGCCAAGCUGAAAAGGAUCCACAAGAAUCUGAUACCUCAGGGCUUAGUGAAACUGGAGCACCCUCGGAUUCACGUGGACUUCCCUGUUAUCAUCUGUGAGGUCUGAGCCACGAGGCAAUGUGAACAGUCACUGUGUGCUGUCAGUGCACCUUAUUUGCCCAGUUUUACUGUACCUCAUGUAAACCACACU